AUGCUGGCCGUCGCCACGCUCAGCAGCACGCUCAGCAGCGUUCUGGCCGUCACCACGCCUCCCCGGCUCGUCGUCGGGCUCAACAAGUACUCGCACGACGCCGCAGCCACGGUGCUCGACGCAAACAGCGGCCGCGUCCGCUACUCGGCGGCACGGGAGCGGCUCACCCGCAAGAAGCACGACGGCGGCGGCUGCGGUGCCCUCGUGGCGGCCGGCGUCGCCAGCGCGGGUGGAACGCUAUGCGACGUAGCCGCCGUCGUCGCCAACAACCAUCAUGCGCCCAUCGCGCCGCUCGAACGCCGGCUCGCCGCGUGGGCGGAGAGCUCGAACGCCGGCGAUGAGAUGAUUAGCCGGCUCGACGUCGCGAACCUGCUGCCGGAGGUGCCGCGCCGCAUCGAGAUCUCGCACCAUCUCGCGCACGCUGCGGCCGCGUCGGCGACCGCGCCUUUUGACUCCGGCCUCGUCGUUGUCAUGGACGGGAUGGGUGAGCGGCGAAGCGACCUGGUCGGCCGGGCGGCCGGCGCGGCGCCGCUGGACAGGGUGGACUACUCUGCGGCCGAGUGGCCCGAGUACGUGAGCGACGCGCUGCUGCCUGGCUACGACACGUGCGUGCAGGCCGGCGUACCUCUUCGAGACGGUGGCGGCGAGGGGCGGGAGGAGGCGGCCGCGGCUGCAGAGAGGGAGAGGCACCGCGUGCUGCGGCCCGUGUACAAGCGGUGGGCCGCCGAGACGUCCCAGCUCGGCUUCUCCGACUGGUACCACGACUUCGACGGGCUCGGCGCCGCCUCUUGCCCCACGUGGCGCCGCUCCGAGGCGAGCCGACCGUCCCGGAGCCUGCUCCGAGCGCGCGAGCUGAAGGCGGUGCCCACUCUCUGCUCCGGCCGGCUGCUCCGCGACGACAACACGCCGGGCGACUUCGCUGUCCGCUCGGCCGAGCUGGAGAAGUACCUCUCGGGCCCGGCUCAGCGGGGUGCGGGCCCAGCCUGGUCUGACCCGCGGCGGCGAGCGGCGGCGGCGGCGCUGUCCGCGGCUGUGCAGCGCGACCUCGAGGCGUGCGCGACCGACUUCCUCGCCACGCUUCGGAGCAUCCACGCGCCGUGCGGCGAGCGGCUCGCCAUCGCGGGCGGCGUCGGCUUGAACUCGGUCUUGAACGGCAUCACGGCGGCCGAGGGCCGUAGGGGAGUGUCUCGUCGCUGCGAGGGCGGGGGCGGCGUCUCUUCACGCCAACGAGCUGUGAACACAGGCGGAUUCGACGACGUUUGGGUCCCGUCGGCGCCUGGAGACGACGGGAUCGCCCUCGGGUGCGCCGCGUUUGGCGCAGCGCUCCUCGACGGCGCAUACGGGAGUGAGGCGGCGGCGGGGGCGGCGGCGGCGGGGGCGGCGGCGGCGGCUGCGGCGGAGGCGGAGGCGGCGGAGGCGGAGGCGGAGGCGGAGGCGGAGGCGGAGGCGGAGGCGGCAGAGGCGAGGGCGGCAGAGGUGGGGGCCAGAGCGGCGCCGUCGCCCUACGGCGGCACCGCGCACCCGCCGGGUGCUGUCGAGGCGGCGCUCGAGGAGUACGCUGGCUUCGUGGAGGCGGAGUGGCUGACCGAGGCGGCCGCCAUCGAGCGGACCGCCGCCUCGCUCGCCGCGGGCGAGAUACUGGCCUUGUGGGCGAGCGGCGGCGCCGAGUACGGCCCGCGCGCCCUCGGCCGGCGCUCGAUCGUCGCCGACCCGCGAAACGCCGCCGCAGUCGACCGACUCAACCGGCUGGUCAAGAAGCGGGAGCCCUUCCGGCCGUUUGCGCCGUCGGUGGGCGGCGAGGCGGACCCGCGCUGGCGCGCGCUGAUCGCCGCCUUCUUCGCUCUCACCGGCGUGCCGCUGGUGCUCAACACGUCCUUCAACACGCGCCCGGCGGAGCCCAUCGUAGAAGGGCCCGCCAACGCGCUCGCCGCCUUCCUACACGUGGCGUCCGAGGCGAGCGGGGGCGAGGCGGUGAGCGGCGGCGAGGCGGCCAGCGGUGCCGGCGGCAGCGCGCAGGGAGGUGCAGAAGAGGGUGCGGAGGAGGAGAGUGCGGAGGAGGGCGGCAUCGACCGGCUGCUGCUGCUGCUUGGCGAUGGGCGGGCGGCUCUCGCGCGGCUCGGCGGGCUGCGCGCGACGCGGCGGCCGGGCGUGCGCCGUUUCGUCUCGAGGAUUGGCGCGCGCGAGUCGGGCGAGACGACCGCGGCGUGGGUCGAGCUGGGCGACGAGCUCGAGCUUGCGGCGCUCGAGCUGUCCGACGGCGCGGAGGUGGCCGACAUCGCCCAGGCACUCGACGCGCCGCCCGACGAGGUGGCCGCCGCGCUGCGCUCGCUGUGGAAGCGGCGCUUCGUCGCACUGGAGUGA